CGUAUCCUCGUAUCGUAUCGGCUCACUCGUUGUUUGUCAUUGGUUCAGCAGUAGCAGCAGUGAUAAAGGUCCGUCACGGACACGGCCGUAAAAGUGCUGUUUUUCGUGUUGUGCUGGAGGUUCUUAUUGGUUUGGUUGAAGCUGGUUUUGUGCUGUAGAACAACGAGACAAAAUUAUGCACCAAUCAUGUCAAUUUUUAUUGCCAACUUCGUAUACAUUUUUACCAUUGCGGGUUGACUAGAAUGCACAUAUUUUAGUAUCUAAUCUUGGCCCUGAUCAAAUAUACCUGAUACCUGCGCAAAUUCUUGCAAUAAAAAAUCACAAUUUUGCGAUUGCUAAUAACAUUGUUUAUCAGCAACACUAUUAAACUUGUUGAUGUUUUGUUUGAAGCGGAAUGCAAUUUAUGGAACUGUAUCUUAUAUACCUAUCUAAAUCCACAUAAAGUGUAGUGUACGUAAACGAAAAAAACAAUCUGGUGCGUUCGAAUCAUUGACGGGUCAUUUAAAAGUUACUAUUAGUGAUAGACAACGCAACUAAAUCGUACAAUAUUGUAUGAGUCCUAUUUGACCGCUGCGAUGUGCUCGGAAUUCGAUUAUCGGUUCCAUUCAUAGCAAAGUGUUGAGGUGCAAUUUUACUCGGCAAACAUGAUAAAAGCAGUAAUGUGAAGCAAUACCCUUAGGGGUGACAUCGGUGGUGUCUGCUAAAUCAGUCAUUAUAAGUGUAAUUAUUUGUAAUAUCAACAAACUAAAACCAAAUCACUUCGGUUGGAUUUCGAGUCGCCAAGGCAAACAGUACGUCGACUAUCUUAAAUCUCCAAAACAAGCUACCGUCAUGGGUAACAUAGCAUCCUCUAGCACAAAACUAGCGGAGAAAUGCCCAAUGCUGGAAAAAAGCGAACUACCGCUGGUGGCCAGUUCGUUUCGUAUGGCAAGUAAAAACUCCGAUAAAUGCAAGGAAGAAGAUCUUAUGAAAUUUUGGGGAUCUCAAAUGGACCCGCGACUAGCGCAGUAUAUUACUAACUUUCUCUUCGGUCCGCUGGGAACCCGCGUUGGCUUCGUGGAGCUGCCACGGUUCGCGGAGUUGUACGUCUACACGGUGCGGGGAACGGGUGAUGAGCGAAUUAACGUGCUGCUCGCUAGUUUGGGACAAACACCCGAGUCAGAGUCGACAGAAAUUGCUUAUCCACUGAUAAAGGAGUACGUGGAGGCCGUUGUUAGCAGCUAUAUGCGAGCAAUAAGACUCGAAGGUGGACCUGAAUUUAAAUCAUGGGAAUCACGUGGAUUCCGCAUUGUGAAGGAAUGCAUACAAAAGCUAGCGGAAAGUUUGGUAUACGAUGUCGUACAGCAAGGCACACAAAAAGUUACGCGAGCCGACGCCGAACGAUGGCUCAGCAAAAACCCAAUCUUUCUGAAAAUGUUGGAGCACGUGUUUUCCCACUUGUACAACUAUCGUAUUGUGAAAAACAGUUCUGACGAGAAACGGAAAGAUGAUUCGGAAGACAGCAAGGGCAAAAAGAAGGAAAGUGUGCCCCAACAGGAGGUGGUUCUACAUGCAAUGCUGCCGCUCUGCGAGGGACUGCAGUACAUGCCGGACUAUCCCGCCUUUACCGAUUUAUCGCAGAUGCUGUUUGUCAAUGCGAAUCUUCCAACGGCACAGCAAAACAAGUGGCGUUUUCUUUUUUCUUCGCAAAUACACGGGGAAAGUUUUUCCACUCUAUUGGGUCGUAUUAUCGAUCAAGGACCGACCGUUGUAAUAGUUGAGGACACCAAUGGACACAUUUUUGGCGGAUAUGCAACAGAAUCGUGGGCACUUGGACCAAAUUACGUCGGAAACGAUAGCAGUUUUCUUUUUACCUUGCGGCCCAAAAUGCGCUGCUUUCCAGCCACUGGCUACAACGAUCACUAUCAGUAUUUGAAUUUACACCAACAAACGAUGCCGAAUGGUAUGGGCAUGGGUGGCCAGCACAACUACUGGGGUUUGUGGCUCGAUAGCGAGUAUGGCGUUGGCGAAUCUUCCGAAACUUGUACCACCUACAAAGGAUACUUCCAGAUGAGUGCCACCAAGAAAUUUACCGUCCGAAAUGUUGAAGUGUGGGGCGUCGGAGAGAAACCCGUGAAGGAAACGGAUUCGGAGGAUACAUCUCGGUCCAUUCUGGACGGAAAUGACGAUAGUAAAGCGAUGCUGAAAAUGAGCGGCCGGGAGCAGUAUUCCGAUGGGUAUCGAGAGGAACCGAGGGAUUAAAAAUUGAGACCGAACGCCAGAAAAAAGCCACAGAAAAAGUUUUGCUCCCCGGAGAUCAAUCUGGUGGAUGUGUUGGAUACGUUUAAUUUUAAUUUUCUUUAAACCAUUCGGGUACAGAAUGCUCACUUUCAUAAAUCAUCAGCAGGAAACUACGAAACGUUCAAAGUGCGAUAAGCUUAUAGUAUUCAAUGCUUCACUGCGUUCUAUGAUUGUAUAUUUUUCUCUCUAUCUGGCGUUUGCGAAACACAAUUAUGAUUUGCGCUGAUUAUCUUUUGUUAAAUGUACAACACUUUGCAGUUAGCUAUGCUAACUUAGCAUAGCUCAUGCGCGAAUUAAUAAUUAGGUAAACUUGACGUAAGCUUCUAGAUGUGAGUUUAAUGUGAAUAUAAUUGUUGCGAAAUGACUGUACGGCAGAGUAAAGUAGGAAUAACAAUUGCCAAAAUAAAAUUAUUUAUUUUAUUUCAAUCAGUCGACUAAACGAGGCUGUACGCUUAGCACAAUUUGUCGUAGAGUAGUGUGUUCUUUAGUUAGUAAAAGUUAUCGCAUGCAACUCAUACUGUUGAAUUUUUUAUUUAUUAAAUAGCACAUUAGAAACAAUUGAAUGAUUUUAUUUGUGUGCCAUAAGAAGAACAAUGAUGACAAAUUAGGAAUACACAGCAAAUGUCGGGUUUCGAAUCAAAGCGUUGAUAGAGAAGGCUGCAUGUCCAAUUAAUAAGAUUAAAUGCUUCAAAGAAGCAAAUUAAUUCAUGUCAUUUACAGUGUAUGGUAUAUACAGGCACAUAAGCCCAAUUACUGAU